UCUGUUGAAAAAGCGGAACUAAAAAGAAAUCAGCUUUUCCGUGCCGAUAGCGCUCUCGCAAACAUGGUGAACGUUCCUAAAACCCGCCGGACUUUCUGUAAGAAGUGUGGCAAGCGCCAACCCCACAAAGUGACACAGUACAAGAAGGACAAGGAUUCUCUGUAUGCCCAGGGAAAGCGGCGGUAUGACAGGAAGCAGAGUGGCUACGGUGGGCAGACCAAGCCGAUUUUCCGGAAAAAGGCUAAAACUACAAAGAAGAUUGUGCUGAGGCUUGCAUGUGUUGACCCGAACUGCAGAUCUAAGAGAAUGCUGGCUAUUAAGAGAUGCAAGCCUUUUGAGCUGGGAGGAAAUAAGAAGAGAAAGGGCCAAGUGAUCCAGUUCUGAGCUUCAUAUUUUGUUUUGUUAUGAAGAUAAUAAACAUUUGAGAUUGUUUACUUCAAAAAAAAGAAAGAAAGAAA